AUUCGAAAAUCCCAACCAAACACGUCACACACAUACAAACACGAUGGUUGAAGUUUGAGGCAAACAACACGUGUUGUGGGUGCAGUUCUCUCUCUCUUUCUAAACUCCAAUGGCUUUCUCUGCAAUCUCAGCUAUGCACUCUCCUCAAUUUGUUCGUCUUCCUAUCUCCUCCCCGCAAUAUUCUUCACCCAUAGUCAAAUUUUCAUCGCCAAAUCUAAAACGCCGUAAACCACUCUCCAUUCGAUCAGUUUCAAUCCCCGCUGCACCAGCUUCUGGGUCUGUGGCCCCUGCAAUUUCUCUUACGGAUAACGCACUGAAGCACUUGAGUAAGAUGAGGUCUGAACGAAAUGAAAAUUUAUGUUUAAGAAUAGGUGUCAGGCAAGGUGGGUGCUCUGGUAUGUCAUACACAAUGGAUUUUGAGGACAGGGCUAAUAAAAGGCCAGAUGACUCCAUCAUCGAGUAUGAAGGCUUUGAAAUUGUUUGUGAUCCUAAAAGCCUACUCUUCAUAUUUGGCAUGCAAUUAGAUUACAGUGAUGCUCUGAUUGGGGGAGGCUUCUCUUUCAAGAAUCCUAACGCGACACAGACUUGUGGAUGUGGUAAAUCCUUUGCCGCCGAAAUGUAAAACCAUGUUUAUAGACAGUAGUUGCAAUACUAAGGUGAUUGUUUCUAGCAACACUCUGUACCAAACAUAGAUUUUUAUCACUAACACGAAUAAAUUUGUGCA